AUGAUCAUAUAUAUGGUGAUCAAUGGUUCCCGCUACUUCGCGCUACGUGGUCUCUCCAUAUUGGAAAUCCCUUCUCCUUCCUUGCAACUAUAACCUACACUGGAGCUCACCUUGACAUUUUUACUCGCGUCUCCAUCGUGUGAUCGCUAAUAGUACGGUUAAAGUAUUAAAGCCACUUACAUAUUACACAUCAUACGUGUGUAUCUGGCCGUAUUGACUCUCGAUCGAGAGCAGGUGCCACUUAAGAAAGAAGAAGAAGAAGAGAUCGGCUAUGACUUGCUAUGUAUGAUCACGUGCGAUCAAUAUUGGUUGUGUGUUAUUUCAGGUCAGCGUAAGCCAAUUAAAUAUUUAAAAGUUAGAAGAAGUUUUGUGAAACUUUCGGAGCGAAUUGUCAUUCGCAAUAAUUCGAUUGAUAUUACGCAUUAGAAUAUCUCAAUCAUCAUGCGAUGACGAUUUUCAAUCAUCUUUGUAAAACUGCCAAAACAUUGCAAUAUUUACAAUCUCAUUCUAUUCAUGCACACAAAAGUCUAUAUAUUUUCUUUCGAAAUGAAUCAAGUUUUGUGCCUAAAAAGGUACUUGUUGUGGCAAAAUUAUCGAGGUAUGAUUUUGAAAGAUUACGGGAACCCGAGCUUAACGAAACCCAGCUGAAGUUGAAACUAAUAGAAAGAGGCUCUGAUUAUGACACUAUGCUUACUAGUCAUUUUACCACUAAAGCUGUAAUAGAGCAUGUAAUUAAAGUCUUGCAGAACAUGAAUAUAGAAUAUAAAAUAGUAGAUAGAACAACUAUAGAUCAUUCAUAUUUUACAUGGGCAGAUUUAAUUUUGCCAGUUGGCGGUGAUGGAACAUUUCUUUUGGCUUCUAAUUUAAUAUUUGACAAUAAAAAACUUAUAAUGGGCAUUAAUUCAAAUCCCGAGAAAUCCGAGGGUUAUCUUCUUUUAUCGCCAAAAUAUACGGAAAAUAUAAGAGAGAUUUUCGAAAUGCUAAGAGCAGGACGUUACAAUAUACUUAUGCGAAGGAGAAUUCGGAUUAUUCUGAAGGGAGAAGACAUAUGGAAACCUCCUUUUCACAUGCAUGAAAAAGGACGCGUUGCAGGUGGUGAAAGAGUCUAUGUAAAUGAAAAAUUUAAAGAUAAUCUUGAUGAAUUACCAAGAGAAAGGCGUUUACCUUGGUUAGCACUUAACGAAGUGUUUAUGGGUGAAACGUUAUCGGCACGAACAAGUACCUUGUUCAUAAAGUUAGAUGAAGAACAAAAGUAUCAAAAAAUAAAAAGUUCUGGUUUAUGCGUAAGCACUGGUACUGGAUCAACGUCAUGGUAUAAAUCUAUAAACAGUCUAAGCCAACAAACUGUGAGAGAAGUAUUGAGCCUUAUAGAUACUAAGCGACAAUUUACCAAUAAUGAAAUUGAGGCAAUCUGUUUAACUUUCAAUAACAAUUUACAAUUUGAUGCAGAGGAUUCCAAAUUGUGUUAUUCCAUAAGAGAUAUGAUAGCACCUGAUCCAAUAUCCAUUUCAAAAGGCGUAUAUCCUCGCGGUGUUUGUAAAAAGAUCACUGUAAGAUCACAAUGUUUCGAUGCAGGUUUAGUUCUCGAUGGUGGAAUAGCGGUCUCUUUCAACUUCGGUACCAUUGCGGAAAUAGGAACUUUUCCCGAAGAUUCUUUGCGAAGUAUCAUUCUUCCUGACUGAAUAAACUAUUAGCAUUGUUGAAGGAGUAUUUCAUAGUGAUAAAACUAUGAUAAUAAUUUGCUAUCAUGUAAAUAACAUUCUCAUAUAUAUGUAUAUAACUGAUUUCAGUACACAUUUUACAUACAAUAUCCUAUAAAUAUUUUUCCAAAGAAAUUAUUUUUCAUAAAAAAUACAAAAAGUGCUAGAAUGUUAUACAUAUAUAUAUAUAUAUAUAUGUAUAUAUAUAUUUUUCCAAAGAAAUUAUUUUUCAUAAAAAAUACAAAAGUACGAGAAUGUUAUAUAUAUGUAUAUAUACUGAGAAAGAGGUGACGGAAAUAAUGUUUAUAAUA